AUGGGAGGCCUUUUCUCAAAGAAGCCGCGCUCGCCGACGCCUAUCAAGAAUUGUGAAAUCACAGAACAAGAUCAAGCUAUUAUCAGAUUGAAAACACAGCGCGAUCGUAUCAAGCAGUACAUGAAGGGCAAGCAAAAAUGUAUGGAUAAGGAGAAGGAGCUGGCGAGGAAGUUAAUACAAGAAGGUCGAAAAGAUCGCGCUCUACUAAUCUUGAAGAAGAAGCGCUAUCAAGAGAAGACAUUUGAGAAUCUUCUUGCACAACUCUCGAAUAUUGAAACGAUGGUGAACGACCUGGAAUUCGCGCAAAUUCAACAGCAAGUGGUCAACUGUUUGUCGGACGGCAAUGAGGCGCUGAAGAAUAUGAAUAAGCUGUUCGAUAUGGAUGACCUUGAGCGGAUCAUGGACGAGACGAAGGAGGCAGCCGAAUAUCAGGAAGAAAUUUCCAAUAUGCUCUCCGGAAAGCUGGAUGCUACGGAUUUGGUCGACGUCGAGGCCGAGCUUGCGGCACUGCUGGAUCACGAGGGCAAAAUGCAGCUCCCCGACGUGCCGACGAAUCCGAUGCCGGAAGUACAGCGAGAACGAGAAGCCGAGGGCCGCAAGAAGGAGCGCGUCGCGUUGGAAGCA